UACCCUAUCUACGGUAGGUAGAAAGAAGUCUAUAAAAUGGUUGUUUAUACGUUUAAUUCAAGUGUUGUUUUGUAAACUCUCAAAAAGUUUUUUAUUACCCAGAAAGUAGAUAUUUAUCUUGAGGUUACCUGAGGAAAUUCGAAUCGCGAAGGAGAGGCAUGUCAAUAUUGCGUUUGUUUCACCUCUAUUAUUCGCGCUGAAAUUUCUUGUCAUUUACGUAUAAUCCAAUUCAAAUGACACGAUUUCGAAAUAUCAUGUGCAAGAACACAUGAUUCAAUUAUGCAUUGACAAACUGAGUUUUUAGAAAUUGUAGUUUAAACAAGAAGAUCUAGGUUAUAGUUGUAGUUUAGAUUUAGUUAAGUAGAAGCCACAGAUAUGUCACAUUGCCGGUGCCGCACCAUCAACUUGGCGGUGGUCUCCGUGGAGAAGCUGAAGCAGAUGGAGAGCAAGGUGCAGAAGGUUCCCGUCAAGAAGAAGGAUUACGACACGUUGAGAUGUCCACCGUACCCUCCCAUGCCGGCCCCGCCGGGCCCUGUGUCCACCAAGAAGAUCAUGGUUUGUUCAAUAAAGCCUAUGGAAUUCCAAGCACCGCCUGUCCCGUGCGUAUGCCCCCCCUGCCCCCCUUGUAAGACUUACGCUGAAAGGAGCGCUGAGUUGUUGAAAACAGGCAUGAAGUUGUUCGUUAUGUAUCUCGCUGCCCGGUGGACAAUCGACAACAAAAUCUGGGGCGACCAUAAGGGAACGACAGAUUUCAUGCUUUCAUUUUUGGAGUCUAAUUUUCCUUCCAAAGGUACACUAACACAGCUGCCCGACCUCGGACUGGUGAAGUACAAACUACUGCAUGGGUGGGACCUCCUCAUCGGCAACCUGUUCUAUUACACCUUCGGGCUGCCGCUCAAGAUAUUCGCACAACUGAUGAGCAAACCAGCAGAAGAGGAAGAACCCAUUGACUGCGUAGAAAUGGCAUAUACUCCAAUAUCCGACUUGAUGUCCCUGGACAACCCGGUCUUCAGGGCCUAUAUAUUUUACAAUAGCAUUUUAAUUUUGAAAAUGCUUUGUAUGGCACCAUUGACAGCAAGGCUGAGGAUGGCAAAAAAGAUCUUCAUUACUCCUGAAGAUACAACGAUGUUUAAGGGUGCGAAGCAUGGAGUAGAGGACCCGGACAUUGAGAGAGUGCGAAGAAGGGAAAAGACUCUGAGGAAGAAUUGGGAUGAAGAGUUGAAAAAGAUCUUCGACAGGAGAGAUCUGGAGUGGAACAGUAACCAGGAGAGGAAACAGUAA